AUCAUGGCAUUCUCUCUCCACUUCGUCGUGCUUUCUUUUCACUCCUCUCAUCCUCCUUUUCUCCUUCCCUCCUCAGCACCCUGAACAACAUCACCCCUUGACUACAGCGACAACUAUCAUAUCAAAUCCCUUGAUUGAGUUCAGAAGAGAGAUCUGAUAUCCGAGAUAGCGGGGCGCCUUCAUCGAGAUUACUAUUUCAAAGAGUCAACUGGAGAGUGAACGCCAAACCUGUCACCAUGGAUAUGAGCAGCAUGGAUCAUUCAUCACACUCGUCCUCUUCCUCAUCAUCCUCAUCAUCCAUGACGAUGUCGAUGGCAAUGGUCUUCGUUAAUGCCCAGGAUACACCCCUGUUCUCGUCUCAGUGGACGCCAUCAUCCAGUGGCGCGUAUGCUGGCACGUGCAUCUUCCUUAUCAUUCUAUCCAUUAUUGGCCGACUCCUGGUUGCGUUCAAGGGUGUCAUGGAGCAGCACUGGUUGAAUGCUCAUCUGAAUCGUCGCUACGUGGCCGUCGCGGGCAAGUCAACGGAAGCUGGUCGUAUCGACGCCGAUCCGGAUGCCAAAGUGGCUUCACUCGUAUCCGCGCAAGGGGUGGAAGAGUCCGUUAAAGUUGUGCGCCGGGCUACACGCGAGCCUCUUCCGUUCAGAUUCAGUGUCGAUCUGCCGCGAGCAUUCCUUUUUCUCUUAAUUACAGGAGUGUCAUAUCUGCUCAUGUUGGCUGUCAUGACUAUGAAUAUUGGCUACUUCUGCUCUGUGUUGGGUGGUGCUUUUCUAGGCGAACUGGCGGUGGGGCGGUAUAUUCAAUGGAAUGAGCAUGGCCAUUGACGACACUUCUGCAGGCGUAAUUCUUAUUUUCCAUCUAUACAACCUGGGUUUGGCGUUUGGGCAUUCCACUAAUUGCCCUGGGGUUAAGGCGAGCAUUGCAUGCAUUUAGCGGAGUUUGAAGCGUUCGAUUACCUGUCCAUGAUACCUCUACCCGUUGUUAUUAUCAUGAAUUCUCCUCGAAGGUACCAAUGGUGAUACCCAUGUGCUCACUUUCAU